CGCUUGCUAAUAGAGACUCAACCAGAGAGGGAGCGAGCGAGGGAAGAGGCUGAGGUAGAUAACAGCUGUCUGAUAAAAAUACGGCAUAGGUAAAAACAAACGUGUCGCUUAUAUCUAGUCACCUAAACGGUGAAUAUAUGAGCACGGUAUAGACAUAAGAUCGCGAUAUCUAGCAAAGGCUCGCGCUUGAGUAACGUUAAAUAAAUAAAUAAAUAAAUAAGAACGUGGCUAGCGUCAUCUGCAGUGUGUAGCAUCUACAUCUACUUGCACCACCUGAAGACAACGACUGACACUGACUGCUGGGAAAUAAAGCAACGGUGGGAAAACGCGAUCAACGACGGACAAGAAGGACGACAGACAGACGAAAUUAAGGAAGACUAUCAACGUCCUUGUGAUUCAGAAGCCAUUGAACAGCGGUUUGUUGAAUUUGAGGGAGAGGAGGAGGAGGUAUAAACGGGGUAUCAGUGCUGCAGCGGCCGCCGUGAUGCCGUACACAUGUAGGCACGUUUGAAGCAGUUCAUCCCCGCCCUGUGUGGAUCUGAACCCGACCGAGUGUACAAUAACGGAAUAAAUAGGUGGACUUUGGGAGGCUCUAAUAAGGACUUGAGACGCGGAGCUGGUAAUAUGACGAUAAUAAACUGUAAUUAUUAAGUUAUGUAUUUGUAAGCGUGUAAAGGAGAUAUAUGACAGGAUUUUUAAUCACGUAUUUGUUUUCAAUAUGGUAUGAUUGGCCCGUGACGAACGGAUAGCAGAAUGAUUUUUACAGCCGAAUUUUAAUACGGUACCGAUUUAUGCCUCUAAUCUAUAAAUAUUUAAAUAAAGACCAAAUUUAGGCCGAUGACUUUCCGAUGACGACAGUACAGCAGAGAUGUCUUUAUUGUUGCGAUUAAUGUCCACAUCAUUGUCUCUUUAAUGAUUUAAGAUUUAAAUCAUUACAUUUUCUCAGCGCUUAUUUUCGCAUCUGAUCUCGUUUUGGAUGGGAUUUAGUGUGACACGUUCAAGAGAAGCGUCAAAUUGAACCGCGUUAGCUUUCACGAUCUCUAUCCACAUUUCGACCAGGUCAGAUAACUUCUGUCUUCAGCCAGUCCUUGCUCGAUCAUUUUACUUUCUCCAUUCAAGAAAGAACCCAUUGACUUAGUAACAAGGUUAAAAGACACGAAGGUUACGAGAGCCUUCCUUCGCCGUUGGCUUCCUUCCUCGCACAAUCAUCUUUCGAGCACCUUCUUUGCAGCUAUGGAGACUCCUACGAGGCUGCCUCCGUCGAGCCCAUCAUCGCCGACGACGGGCUUCUCUGUACCAAGCGCGGAGAAGGUAGACGGCUUUCCCCGCCGCUCGAUGCGCCGUGCCCGGCAGCGACGGUCCCACAGCUCCUCACAGUUUCGCUAUCAGAGCUCCCAGGUGGAGCUGACGCCGCUGCCCCUAAUUAAAGAUGCUCCAGUGGCAGAACUUCAUGACUUGUUCUGUAAGAAGCUUCAACAGUGUUGUGUGCUUUUCGACUUUCUGGACUGUGUUGCCGACUUGAAGGGUAAAGAGAUCAAACGUGCCGCGCUGAACGAGCUUGUGGAGAGCGUGGCCACCAGCCGCGGGGUCCUCAUUGAACCCCUGUACCCAGAGGCCAUUAAGAUGAUCUCAGUGAACAUUUUUAGAACCCUCCCACCCAGUGAGAACCCAGAGUUUGAUCCAGAAGAGGAUGAACCAGCUCUGGAAGCAUCCUGGCCACACUUACAGUUGGUGUAUGAGUUCUUUUUACGCUUUCUUGAGAGUCCAGAUUUCCAGCCUUCUCUUGCCAAGCGCUAUGUGGACCAGAAAUUUGUUCUGCAGCUGCUGGAAUUAUUUGACAGCGAGGACCCCAGGGAGAGAGAAUAUCUGAAGACCAUACUGCACCGUGUCUAUGGCAAACUCCUGGGCCUGAGGGCUUACAUUCGCAAACAGAUCAACAAUAUCUUCCUCAGGUUCAUUUAUGAAACUGAGCGUUUCAACGGAGUCGCUGAACUCCUGGAGAUUUUGGGAAGUAUCAUAAAUGGCUUUGCUCUGCCCCUCAAGUCAGAGCAUAAACAGUUCCUGGUGAGGGUCCUGAUCCCCCUGCACACUGCCAAGUCUCUCUCCAUUUUCCAUGCGCAGCUGGCUUACUGUGUGGUGCAAUUCAUGGAGAAGGACGCCACAGUUACUGAACAUAUCAUCAGAGGGCUGUUGAGAUACUGGCCCAAAACAUGCACUCAGAAAGAGGUGAUGUUCCUGGGAGAGAUUGAGGAGAUUCUGGAUGUGAUUGAACCAUCUCAGUUUAUCCGUGUGCAGGAGCCUCUAUUCAAACAGAUCGCUGCCUGCAUCUCCAGCCCUCAUUUCCAGGUUGCAGAGCGGGCUCUGUAUUUCUGGAAUAAUGAGUACAUUCUGAGUCUUAUAGAGGAGAACUGCCAGGUCAUCCUGCCUCUGGUCUUUGGCACACUGUACAGAGUUUCCAAAGAGCACUGGAACCAGACCAUCAUCUCUCUCAUCUACAACGUGCUGAAGACGUUCAUGGAGAUGAACAGCAAGCUCUUCGAUGAUCUCACUGCCUCUUACAAAGUGGAAAAACAGAAGGAGCUGAAGAAAGAGAGGGAGCGAGCCGAACUGUGGAAGAAUCUGGAGGAGGUGCAGGAGAGGCGAAUGCAGAGUCUGGCGGAGGCCAGCAGAAACCAAAGGAACCUGCUGGAAAGGGAGAACACCAGCAGGAGCCAAUCAGAGUCCAGCGCUACCAACACCACCUAGAAACCACACGCGAACAUACACUCACUCACACUUUUCACAGAUUUAUCAAUAAUUCUGACUUUGGAACCAAUCAAUGCCUCAAUUACGUUCUGAUAUAACACACCAUGCAAACAAUACGAUCCCAAGCACCAGACAGAGCACAUAUACAACGGGCUGUCCAUAUGUAGAUAUUUUACACUUAAACACUGAAGCACACAUCACACGCCGGGGAAGAUAUAAAAGAUAAAAAAAUCAGUACCUCUCACAUGCAUCCUACUCUCGCUUCACACUUCUGCCUCUCCGCAUCUUUUCUUUCUAUUCACACACCUGGAUCGCAAACCUCACCGUGCAAAACACACCUGCAUGGGGUCCGAUCGUCACACAUGCGCACACUCCAAAUCAAACAUGUACACGUCGUUCAUAACCGCCAUUCCAGAACUGCCUGUUCCUCCCGGGCCCGAUCUGAGCCCCCGUCAACCGACCAACAGACUCUGCAUAAUGUCAAAACACUGAAGAGGAAGUUGAUGAUGAUGAUUUAAUGAUGUAAUGAUUCUAAUGAUCCUACUUCUACAGCUUAUUCUAUAAGUACUACUUCUAUGCUCCUAUAACUGAUGUUUUAUAUAUAUAUAUAAUAUAUAUAUAUAUAUAUCUAUAAAUAUGAUAUCUAUGUCUGAUUAUAGUGUUGGUGGGGGUAUUCUAGUGUAGCACCUCAUAAACAUGACUGACGUAUGCUGCUAGGUAAAACUAAACAUGUUAUGA